GGUAGCCUAUCAUAAUGUAGUGAGCAGAAGUUGUUUUGGAUAACAGAAGUUUUCUGGAUUAUACACAUGACCGUUGGAGCUUUGAAUUCCCCUGGAUUUUUUUAUUUCUUCAACUGACAAAAAGACUUUUUACGACAUGUAGCGACUUCUUCGCCGCUGGUGUCCUUGCUUCACGAUGGAGGAACCUGCGACAAGAGAACUUGAGCUGUCCCUGUCAGACGCUGCCUCGGACGAAGAGAUGCCGCUAACAUUAUCCACGGCAGAGGGGAGCCACGGUGGGAGCAUCCGAAAGGGAUGUGAUCCCUUUGCCCAGACUCAGCGCAGUAAACUGCAGCACCGGCGAGCUCGCAUCAACCAGCAGAUCAACAAAGAGAUGCGCAUGAGAGCCGGGGCAGAGAACCUCUUCAGGGCCACAACCAACAACAAGGUGAAGGAAACCGUGGCUCUGGAGCUCAGCUUUGUGAACUCCAACCUGCAGCUCCUUAAAGAAGAACUUGAGGAGCUCAACAGCAGCAUGGAGGUCUACCAGACUGACAGUGAAGCAGUCAACGUUCCCAUGAUCCCGCUUGGCCUAAAAGAAACCAAAGAGGUGGAUUUCACUGUUUCUGUCCAGGACUUCAUCUGUGAGCACUAUGGAGAGGACAGCUCCGACUAUGAUCAGGAGAUCAAAGAGCUUAUGGAGCUCAGACAGGCCAUGCGUACCCCCAGUCGUAACCAGGCUGGCCUGGAGCUCCUGAUGGAGUACUACAACCAGCUGUACUACCUGGACCAGCGCUUCUUCCCCCCACACAGGAACCUGGGAGUGCACUUCCACUGGUAUGACUCUCUGACUGGUGUCCCGUCCUGCCAGCGUGCGUUGGCCUUUGAGAAGGGUAGUGUGUUGUUCAAUAUAGGAGCUCUCUACACACAGAUCGGGGCACGGCAGGACCGCUCUGCAACUGCUGGCAUAGACCGAGCUAUAGACGCCUUCCAGAGAGCUGCAGGUGCAUUUAAUUACCUCAAAGAAAACUUCUCCAAUGCCCCAAGUCUGGACAUGAGCGGGCCGUCGCUCUGCAUGCUGGUGCGGCUGAUGGUCGCCCAGGUGCAAGAGUGUGUGUUUGAGCGCGUCACACUCACCACGCAAGACACACACUUCACCUCACAACUCCGCCUAGCACAAGAGGCUGCACGGGUGUCGGAUGUCUACUCGUUGGUGCAGCAGACGAUGUCCCAGCCCCUGGUGAAGGACUAUGUGCCUUUCUCCUGGGCCUCCAUGGUUCAGGUCAAAUCUGAACACUUCCGUGCUCUCUCUCACUACUACGCUGCUGUUGCACUCUGUGACCACACACAGUCUGAUGAGGAGGACGAGGAGGGUAAUAACGAAGCAGAUAAGGCUUUCCUUCAGUUUUAUGUCAGUGCUCCUUCAGGGCCAUCGCUCAGCCAGGUUCUGCGAGACCCAGAAGAAAGACGAAAACUGGGUAAAGCCCACUUGCGGCGUGCAGUCAUUAGACAUGAGGAGGCCAUGCGUGUCCAUAGUCUGUGCAAAAUCCUGAGGAAAAUGGACAUCCUGCAGGAUGUGCUGUCCAUAAUGCACAAACGUUCUUUGGACAAGUACUCUGAGCUGGACCAGGAAGAUGACUUUGAUGAAACCGCUGAGGCUCCAGAGAUACAGUCUCAAACCCAUCAGAAACCAGACAUCACUCCACCCAACUUCUCUACGGUCCAAGUUACUGACAUCUUUCAAAGACUGGGACCCCUGUCUGUGUUUUGUGCACGGGCGCGCUGGGGCCCAGUGCGUCUGAUCUGUCUUCAGAGGAAAGAGGGUGGCCUUGGCCUCACGCUGAGAGGAGAUUCUCCUGUCCUUGUGGCAGGAGUCGUACCUGGCGGCUGCGCUGCGGAGGCAGGACUGAGGGAAGGAGACUACAUAGUGGCUGUGGAUGGACAGGACUGUAAAUGGGCCAAGCAUGGAGAGGUGGUCCACAUGCUGAAGAGCUGCAGUGACAGAGGAGUGGAGCUCAGUGUCGUCACACUGCACUCACAUGACACGCAGGUGGAGAGGAGAUCUGUUUUGCUUUCACACGGCAGUGACAAAGAGAACACUCGGCAGCGUCUUCUCGGCGGAGCCAAGGGCCAGAGCUCCGCCUCUUUGCUCAACUGGAACAGGAAGAAGAAACGAGAAGGGGGCGGUGUGACUAAGAGACUAGGAAGCACUUUCAGUUUGUCGUUUGGAAGCAUCCGAGACACUGAGGCGAUGUACUGAGACAAAACCACGCCGAGGAACCACUCAGGGAAUCACAGCGGCGGAGCUGCUUGUAAGAGCACAGGGCACCCGAGCCUUCUCUGUAGCACAGUGAACCACAGAUGGUC